UACUGUGGUUUACCUUAAUGGUUAAGUCAUUCUAAGCUAUUCUAGUGUAUAAAUCCUGAUUUGAGAAUGUCCUAAAGGGACAUAACAUGGAGUUGAAGGAAGAAUCGGGGAUUGGGAAUCCACCACGACAGGGAGGAGUUGCGGGGAGGAGAGUGGUGGUGAUAGGCGGAGGAGUGAGUGGCUCCCUCGUCGCCAAGUCUCUGCAAUUGCGGGCAGAUGUCACACUUAUUGACCUGAAGGAUUAUUUCGAGAUACCAUUCGCAAGCUCGAGAGGAAUGAUAGAGCCUGCGAUUUCUGAGAGAUCAGUAAUCCACCACAAAGACUAUCUCCCCCACGGCUGCCUCGUUGUUUCUAAAGCCAUUAAUGUCACCAGGUCUGAAGUCCUGACUGAGGAUGGCCGUUCGGUUGCUUUUGAUUAUCUGGUUAUUGCUACUGGCCAUGAUAAUCCAAUUCCCAGAACUCGAACUCAAAGAUUAGCAGAGUAUCAAGCUGAAUAUGAAAAGAUAAGGGCUGCGGGUUCCAUUUUGAUCAUCGGGGGAGGGCCAACCGGAGUAGAACUAGCUGCAGAAAUCGCCAUUGAAUUUCCUGCAAAGAAGGUCACUCUGGUGCAUGAUGGAUCCAGGUUAUUGAAGUUCAUUGGGAGAAAUGCUGCAAGCAAGGCUCUAGGUUGGCUGAGAUCGAAGAACGUUGAAGUUAAGCUGAGGCAAUCGGUUGAUCCAAACAGCAUCUCGGAUGGAAGCAAAACAUAUGUUAGUUCUCGCGGUGAAAUUAUCCAAGCAGAUUGUGUGUUCUUGUGCACUGGAAAACCAGCAGGCUCAGCUUGGUUGAAGGAGACAAUGUUGAGAGACAGCAUGGAUAAUCUAGGAAGAUUGAAGGUUGAUGAGGGGCUCAGAGUGAAGGGUCAUGGGAACAUCUUUGCCAUUGGAGACAUCACAGAUGUUAAGGAGAUUAAGCAAGGGUCGUCGGCUCUAAAACACGCUCUGAUUGCAGCGAAAAACUUGGAGAUGAUGAUGAGUAGUGGGCAAAGGGAUGGAAAACUGGCAGCAUAUAAUCGUCGAUCAUCCCCAACGGUGACUGUUUCGCUGGGACGGGAAGAAGCUGUGACUGAAAUGGCAUUUGGAACAGCCAUUGGAGUUCUUCCGGGGUUGAUAAAGUGCAAGGAUUUAUAUGUUGGUGAAACUAGGAAGCUGUUGGGGCUUAAUUAUUGAUCCACAUUGUAUUUUUGUAGCCUCCCUGUCUUCAAUCAAAGCCUUCAACUUCGUGUAUAAGUGGUAACAAAAUAAAUGAAUCUGUCAUGUUAAGACAAAAUAAAAGAAGUAUAAAAUUUGAAUUUUA